AUUUGCAACACAGCCACUGCACUCGCCGUCGUUUUCCAACACUUCGAUUUUACGAGCACUCGCCACGUAAAAAGUGGUUCGAUUUAGGAUUUUUUAAAUACCUGACAUACAAUAUAAGAUUUUACCAUGGCCCCCACCCAAAAGGGAAAACAGGGCACCAAAGGGGCCAAGCAAAUCGUAGAGGAAAACAAGACGACUCUGGCCUUUUACAGGAACAUGGCUAUAGGAUGUGCCACCACCUCUUUGCUGAUAAGUUUUCUAGUCUUCGAGAUCACUAAAACAGUUGUGUUCAUGCAUAUUCUGGCCCUUUUGAUCCUUGGCGGUGCCUACCAGUUUAUGUUCUUCAUGUCCCGACCGAAGUUCUCAGAAAGCGGGAGUCUUUUGGACUCUGGAAACGAUCUGAACAUGGAGGGCGGCAUAGCAGAAAAUGUGAAGGACCUUAUCAUUCUAACGUCCGGGACGCUGCUGCUAGCUCUCAUCUCCAGCUACUUCUGGCUGGUGCUGCUCCUGGCGCCCCUCCGCGCAGGUUGGAUGCUCUGGGGAUCGAUCAUCCAGCCCUGGCUGUCGAGUCGCAACUCCCAGGAAGAGAAUCCCGAGGUGGACGAAAAGAAACAGAAGAAGAUGGAGCGCAAGAUGCGGCGCAUGAGAUAGAAGCCCCAGGGGGCUCAUCCAUUAACUUUAUGAGAUUCUACGUUUAUUUGUGUGGGUCCGGUUCUUGGAAGUUGUUAAAGUCCUAAUUAAACAGCUCAAGACAAAAUACAA